UAGGAUAGACACGACAAACACAUUCGAAUGUGACAAUAUAUAUGUAAAUAUUCUUCAUGGUUGGUUUAAAGUAUGAAUAUUGUGAGAUAGUGCAAUGGCCCAACAAUUUUCGUCCAAGUCAAAAAAGACUGGACCUAGUAUCAUACGGGGAUAUCGUCGAGAACUUACGUAUUUUGAGGUCCCUGUGAGAACCGAUAUCCCAACUACAACAUAUGCUGACCGAGAGGUCAUCAAAGAAGUAUUUGAUGAAGUAGACGAAGAAGCUAUAGCCGAGUUAGCAAGUGAGAGAGAAAAUUCAACGGGACUUAAUAACCAGAAGGAUACAACAGUUAGUGAUGAUUUUGUGAGGACGAUAUAUGGUCAUUGCUCUUCCAAGAUACCGAUUCGUAGCUAUGGAAAACUUAAUUUCAACGUAAAUGCCUACCAUGGGGGAUGUACCUCCCUUUACUUUGUGUCAUGCGCAUCUGGAAACGAUAAGAAUGAAACCUGCGUAGAACUGUUGUUGGUUAGGUCAGGAUUCGACUGUAACCAUGUCGAAGUAAGUCCUAUUGUAUCGUCUCAGGAUGGUUACUUUAACCCUGCCAACAAUCAUUAUGUAGAUGAGGAAGGAACGUUUAUUGGUGACUGCCAGUACGGCAACAAUCAUUUAAUGUUGUUGACAAAUGACUGUCGUUAUGGUAAUCUCAAGAAUGGAAUUUACAUAGAGAGUCAAAACAAAAAGGUUCUUCUACAGCUACCUGUACCCGUAUGUGAGGAAGACAGCUGUGGACUUUCAUUAAUACUUUGUAGUGGUUCCGAUGGUGUCAAAUACCACAAUGCUGUCUACAUUCUGCGCACUGGAGUACACAAUAGUAAAUUCGAAUCAAAGCUUGUAUCAGGGGAAGAUAUAUUCAAAUUUAAUCUCGGAGAAAGUCAUAUGGUGACUGUUCAUGGUCCAUGUAACAGUCGGUACGGUCUAUUCCAUAAUGCAAAUAAUUCUACCUCAAAACAGAGUCACGUUCUGGUGACGCAGACACAGUGUUUGACUGGAAAACACGUGUUACUGACUAAAUUACCCGAGCAAUGUACUCUCGUUAUUCUUUGCUCAAACAGCUAUGGCGUAGAAGAUUGCACUAUUUCUUCUAUGUACUUUUUGGCGAUCAACAAUCAAAAACUUGAAGAUGUUCAAGAAGUGGCAGGUAGUUUUGGAACGGAUUGCAAAAAAUCCAAUAUUUGGAAAUUCGAAAUUGUAGAUGGAGAAUUAGUGGUUAUUGGACCAAAUGAGCCAUGUAAAUAUGCUGUUUUGUCCAAUGUCAAAGCAUGUAACGUAGACCUUAUUUCAUGUAUUACUCAAGAUGGUUGUUUAGCAACGGGUGAAUCAACAAAGACAACAGGCAAUGUGAAGGUUACCAUGGAAGAAAUAACCGGUCAUUUGAAUAAAUCGUCAACAAUCCGUAUAAUGUUAGACCACAACUUCGUACACACGAUUUCAAUCGACGAAUUGACGAAUAGAGAUGGCGAAUACACAUUUUCCUAUCAAUGGCAGGAGAAUGAAAAAUAUGUUGGCUAUCAUAAAGUUAGGAUAUUUGCCAUAAGAAAGAAUUUGAAAACUGAUGAAGAUGUGUUUAUUGAGUUAACUGGUUCACCCUGUUCCUUAACCAGACAAAAACCAGGAGUCAUUUAUGCCUUAAACUGCGCAGGUCCGGCAUACCAAGAUCUCAAUGAUAUUGUGUAUUCAAGUGAACACCAUCAGUUUGCUAACUUCGACAGAAAUUUCCUUUCUGGUAUGCAGAGCAAAGCUGUUGGUUCUGUGAAGACUCAGACAAUACUACCCGCUUCAAUGCUGAACUCACAUGACGGGUUUUUGUAUUCAGUGUCACGAUCAGCAUACACGGAACAAAAAUCCGAACAACGGUUUAGGUAUAAGGUAAAUGGUAUACCAAAUGGGAGCUACAAAUUACGCAUACACGUAGUUGAUGUACCAGAGGACAUAACUUUUAAUGGCAGACCAAUGAGCAAAGACGUCCGAGAGAAAAUAGAAGCUAUGAAGAAGCCAGGAGAUUUAGUUGGUCCAACUUGUUACUGUGUUGAUAUACACGUUGAUAUCAAUUGUAACUUUUUAGAAAUUGAGAGUGAAAGUAAAGACGUCCACAAACAUGCUGACCAGAUUUGUGCUUUCGCUUUACUUGACAAGACGUACAGUGAUAGAAUCGUCACUGAAUCACAAAAGAAACAAGAAUAUAUAGAAAAACAAAAAGUAAUAGACAAAAUUCCACCAUUGACGACUAUCAACACCCGAAAGAAUAUGAGUAUCGUUGGAUGGUCUCAAAAUCUACUUCAUAAUCCUACUGGAGAGAAUGGAGAUUUGACGUUUUGGACGACAGAGGGAGAUAUAAAAGUUUGUGAUGGAGGUUAUGAUACAGAUACAUGUUUUGUUACAUCACAUAUAUGGGGUUGUAAAUAUCAAGAAGUCAAUCUUCUGGAAUAUUUCACUGAGGAGUACUUGGAUACAUCACCAGGCAUUAUGGUUUUCGAAGAUUACAAAGAAGGAGAUUUUGGUGGCGGUAAUUACUGCUUUACUGCACAGCUGUUGUCAGCUGAUCGAAAGGUGUUGAAAGAAUAUACAACAGGAGAGAUAGGACCUAUAUAUUACCUUCACGGUGAAUGGGAAGAGGCAAACAUUAUAUUUUCAGACUAUGGUCCUGGUGUCCGUUUUGUUGCAUUCUCGUCAAAAGGUAAAGAUAGCAAAUCGAGGGCUGGAUUUUUCGGUCCCUAUAUAUCUGGUGCCGAAGUGCGAGUAAAAAAAAAGAACAAACAGUCUGAAAAUGACAGUUAUGCAGACAUUCCACAGAUGGACAAGGCAGACAGCAAAUCAGUUGCGGAGAAAUUGGUUUCAAAAGUUCUUACGGAUAAUGCUGCCUUGAUGGAAAAAUUCAUCAAAGAAGAUGACGUCCAAGAUUUGACAAAUACAAAAAGUAUAAUCGCAUUAGAAGAUGAAAUGGGACAAGAAUCGAAGUGGGCACUCCUUAAACGAUUUUUAACAAAACAGAAGUUAGAAAAGAAGAGAGAAAUUCGUGUUUUUGUUUCCAGUACAUUUAAAGACUUUGCCAAGGAGAGAGAUGAAAUAAUAAAAACGGCCUUCAGUGAGAUACGUCGUUUGUGUACAGAAAGAGGCGUAUUCUUCACGUAUGUAGAUUUAAGAUGGGGAAUAACAUCAGAGCAAACUAGCGAUGGCAAAACAAUAGCAAUUUGCUUACAGGAGAUUGAUCGAUGUCGACCCUACUUCAUCUGUCUGAUGGGAGAGAGGUAUGGAUGGUCCCAAAGAAAGGAAGAGCCAGAUGAUGUUUUGAAUUCUACAUUUGACUACGCAAUAGAAAGCUACCCAAAUCUCAAAUGGAUAGAUGAAUUUAGAUAUGGAUCCAGCGUUACACAGUUAGAAGUAUUACAGGGAGUUUUGAAUAAUCCAAAUGUGUCAAAAGAUAAAUGUUUCUUCUACAUGAGGGAUCCUCCAUCGAAGGAAAAACUAUCAAGUCAGGAAUUUAAGCUCCUUUCCUCAGAAUCAAAAUGGCAUCAUCAGCAACAAGAAAGGUUAAAAACUCAAGUUAAGGAACAUCCACUGGGGCUUAACAUUACUACAUUUAAAUCUGCCACAGAAGUUGCUGAAAAUAUUAAAAGGGAUCUAGAACAAUGUAUCAACAUUGAUUUCCCUAAAGGUACAGAUUUAACGCAGUUAGAACGCAUGCGAGAGGCUCAUAAUGCGUUUGGUGAAGCUCGACAACGUGUGUACAUAGGAAGACAAGAUUAUUUUAAAAAUAUUACCAAAGAACGAGACAAAGGGAUAACAAAACCAUUUAUUAUACUUGGAGAAUCAGGAAGUGGAAAGUCAUCACUGAUUGCUAACUGGGCCAAACAGAUUGAAGAUGCAGAAGCAACAACCUUUGUAUUUGUGCAUUUCAUAGGAAGCUCUGCCGAUAGCUCAGAUUACAUCAAGCUUAUUAGAAGAUUGUUUGAAGAAAUGAACAUAUUCUAUGAUUUCGAUAUGCAAAUUCCAACAUCCGAAACUUUGCUGAUUAAUGAUAUUGGAAAGUGGUUAAGGAUGGCAGGGUCUAGGACAAAGGUUGUAAUUGUUCUGGACGCACUUAAUCAGUUGGAUGAUGGCACUGGUGAAGACGGUUCAGAACACGAUUUAAUGUGGGUACCAGAAGAAUUACCAUCAAAUGUUUUCAUGUUGUGUUCAACUCUUCCAGGAAGGGCAAUGCGAGCUUGUUUACGUAACAGAUGGCCAAAUAUGAAAGUAGAACCACUACAGGAAUCACAAAAGAUGCAAAUAAUUACUGACUACUUGCAAGGUGUUUACGGAAAAACUCUGAACAGUGAACAGAAGAUAAUGCUGGUGAAUGCUCAACAGACAUCUAAUCCUUUGUACCUCAAGUCGCUACUUGAUGAGAUACGUAUAUUUGGAUCAUUUCGCCAAUUAACAGACAAAAUUAAAGAGUAUCUGUCUGCUAGAAACCCACAAGAAUUGUUUGCAAAGAUUCUGGAGAGGUUGGAACACGAUUUUGAAACCGGACCGAAUUCAAGGAAAUAUCUUGUUCGAGAUGCAACCACUGCACUAUGGUGUUCUAAUAGAGGAAUGUCAGAGUCUGAAUUAAUCGAAUUAUUAGAUAUUCCUAGUGCAAUUUGGUCUCCAUUUUAUUUGUCCCUGUAUGAAAAUCUAGUAAAUCGCAAUGGAAUCCUUAAUUUCUUCCACGACCAUCUGCGACAAGCUGUGGCAAAGAAAUACCUUUCGACGAAGGAAGAUAAAACUGAAGGUUACUCGCGAUUAGCUGACUACUUUAGCUCAAAGGAAACGAGCAAUCGAACGGUUGAAGAGAUGCCGUUUUUAUUGUUGAAAGCUAAGAAGAUGGAUCGAUUGAAAGCAACCGUUUCUGACUUCGAUGUGUUUUAUAGACUAGCUGAUGAUGAAGAUGGAAUUUUUGAAUUGAUAAAAGCUUGGCGAAAGCUUGGUGGAUAUUCAUUAGCAGAAGAAGCGUACAUGUCCGAAUUGUUCAAAAUACCAAAGACAACUAUAAGGGCUGAUAUCAAGUACUAUUGUAAACUUUUCAGUCUACUUGGAAACUUUUUCCGAACACUUGGAUUAAUGGAUGCAGCAAAGAAGGUCUAUAAGACUUUAGUUAAACAGCUAGAGCUAAGCUACGAUGAAACAAACGACACCAUUGUGUACAGUGCUUAUGACCAGAGUUGGAAAUAUCGCUGUAAUCAUCCAGAAGUGAUAAAGGCAUUACAAAAUUUAGGAACAGUAUACACACAGCUUGGGAGAUAUAAUAAGGCCAUAUCUGUUUAUAAUGAUGCAAUUUGUCGUCAAAAUAAAAUCGAGACACCAAGUCAAAAGAUACAGGUUUGUGAUGGAUUGCUUGGUUUAGCAACACUGUACUUCCAGAAAGACAACAUGUUGGAAGCAAAAAAGCUGACGACAAGAGCUUUGGAACUUGCAACAAAUGUUAUUGGAAGGAAACAUCAUUUUGUAUCAGAUAUUUACACAAAGCUUGGACAGUUAAAUUACGUGCAGCAUCGCUUAGAUGAAGCUUUGGCUUACUAUUUGCAAGAUCUUAAAGUAACACGUGGUGAAGUUGGGACAAAUCAUCCUUAUACAGCUACGGUCUUAAAUGAGAUUGCACUAGUUUAUGAUGACAAAAAUGACCAAAUUGCUGGAGAGCUCUAUGAAGAAGCUUUGCGAAUUUUCCUAGGCGCAUAUGGGAAUAAUUACCUUGUCACUGGAAUUAUCAGGUUCAACCUUGGAGCAUUCUACUAUGGUGAUAACCAUUUUGCAAAAGCUAAAUAUCAGUUUGAAGAAGCAUACAGAAUACAUGUAAUGUUCCUUGGAGAAAAUCAUCCAGAUGCAAAACGUGUGAAAGAAGCCCUUGAUUUAGUGAAAUAAAAAUGAUCUAGCUUAUUAAUCAGAACAUACAAUAAAAGGGCACUUUACAUUCACAAAUAUAUUGAAAUUUCUUGCUAUAUUGUAUACGUAUUUGUGCAAUGGAAAAGGUAAACUGAUAUUUAUAAGGGUAAAAAAAGUUUUGAUAUUAAAUUAGUGCAUUAUAAUCAUCUACAGGGGUAAUCUUUUGAUCAUCAUGAUCAUAACAUAGUUUUGUUCAUAAAUUUUUGCAUUCCAACCACUGCCCCUAUGCGAUGACUUAAUUUUAUGCGAUAUAUAAAUAUAUAUUUUUUUUGUUACUCCCGGUACUAAUAUCAUCUUGAAGCCAUAUACAUAUAUCUUGUCAAUUUAAUAUUUUUACAUGUAUGUACAAAAAUAAUCACAUUCACUAAAUUUUAAUGUUGAUUAAAAUUGAGAAUGGAAAUGGGGAAUGUGUCAAAGAGACAACAACCCGACCAUAGAACAGACAACAGCAGAAGGUCACCAACAGGUCUUCAAUGCAGCGAGAAAUUCCCGCACCCGGAGGCGUCCUUCAGCUGGCCCCUAAACAAAUAUAUAUACUAGUUCAGUGAUAAUGAACGCCAUACUAAACUCCAAAUUGUACACAAUUGUAUAUUUUAAUACUGAAAAAUAUAUAACACAAUAAAACAUAUUGAAUAAAUGUUAAAGUUAUGAAAAAAAUGAUGACGUAUCUUAUAAUAUAUAUAUAUAUACAAUGAAAGAAAUUUUUCUAAAAUCACUGUAAUCACUAGCCAGUCAACACUGAGGUUGUGAGUUCGAACCCCGCUCGUGCGGGUGCACUCAACUCCAAUCUUAAUUGACUAGGAUUGUCAGUUUUCCUAUCGAAGGUCGGUGGUUUUCUCCGGGCACUCCGGCUUCCUCCACCAAUAAAAACUGGCCGCCACGAAAUAGCCCAAAAGCGGUGCUUAAAAGUGGCGUUAAAACACCAAAAAUCAAUCAAUCAAAUCUUAAAUGUUCCUGUAACUCCUUUGAUAACUUAUUCAUAUUAGAUGUCGCGCAGUUAAAAUAUGUUUGACACAUGUACGCAUAAUAUUUUUAAUAUGUCAGUUUUGACUAAUCAUUUUGUCAAUCUUUGCUAUCUGUGCGUUUUAUCUAUUUCCGUUAUUGCCUGUCACUAUAAUCUUACCCCCCGAGAUUUCAGGCAGCUUGAACAGAUGUAUUAAAACAAUUUAUGUAGUUCAUUUUAACAUUUAACUGAUAAUAUUGCUCAGUCAGGUUUCGUAGUUAUCUGUAAAGAUUACGAUGUGGAAAUUGUUUUCUGUUACAAAACAGUUUUAUUACUUAAUUUUAAAGGAAUGAGACCAGGAAGGCAUAUAUGGCUCUAAUAUUAAGUUAUGUCGUAUCUAACCUAAAAACAAACAUAAAAAAUUUAAAGUUUACAAAGGAAAAUAGUUUCUGCUAUCUGUAUGUUUAUACUUUGUUGGUAGUGUCAAAAGUAUCAAAGUUUUCUAGUUUUUAUCCCAAUUUGCUGUUUUACUGCAUAAUAGAUGUAUUUGGAUGUGAAAAACAUUUCAUAAAAACAAUAUUUUGGGAAAUGCAUGUAGUAAUUUUUGGUUGAAACACAAACUAUUUAUACUGAGGCGUAAAGUUUCAAAAUUUUCAACAUCACUGCUUUUAAAUGUGAUGUCACGAUGCCAUCGUUUCUGCUCUUUUUUAAAGCUUGAUGAUAUUGUAUUCGUCAGAUAUCUUUACAAAUGUUUCCAUCAUAUGUUCAGUAAAAAUGCCUUUCUUUUAAUUAUUUUGCCCUGACGUUGUCAGUUUAUCUCGACUAAGAGUUUUGAAUAUCCCCUUGGUAUCUUCGGCCUCCUUUUAGUUUGAAUUGUAGGCCCAAUAUCUUUCCUUAUGUUUAUAUAUCAUAAAUAUUUAACAAAGCAUGGAACAGAGGCAAGUUCUAAUCAUGCUCAACAUUCUUACCCGAUUUGUAAAAAUGCAUGAUAUUCCUUACUUUAUAAAGAUAUGAAAAUCAUACGCUAAAUAGGUAUACUAUAUUACUACAUCAUACUGCUAGUUGUAAAAAGAACAUUAACUAAUUAUGAGUUGAAUUCUAUUCUUGAAUAAAAAAAAUUCCCUAAAACUUUAAUUUAAACAUACUUUAUUCCUGAAAUAUAUUAAUCUUCGUAUUUGCAAAUUGACUGUAGAUGUUUUUGUUCACUGUUGGCUAGCAAAAUCAUAUCUUAAAACGUAAAAGUUUUGAUGAAUCAAGAGCAGUUUGUAUGUUGAAAAUAAGUCAAAUUUGUACCUCAGAACCAGCAAAUAUGUAUUACACUUUCACGGAUAAACUAAUUAUUGCCUGAUAAAAGUGAUAAAGACAAAGUAAAUUUCCUCAUUGCUGAUGUGAUUUUAUCCUUCUAUUAAAGAGGUAUGACAUACAGAUAUUGGUAUCAUUCAUGCAUAAACCAUGAUCCUCCCUUGAUAAGAAAUUAUUGAAACCCAUCUGUAAUGAAAAGUGCUUACACUAUCUUUUCAAAAUAGCUUUUUAUGUUUUGGGUAAUUAAAAAAAACAAUUGAUUCUACCUCGUAUACAUUUAUGUUCAAUGAUAUUAGAAAGAAUUUCAUUCAAAACUUUUACCACACAAUCAUUUUUUUUUUUACUUUUAUACUUUUAUAUAUAUAGUUGAUUAUCUAUUAUGCUGAAUGAACUAUAGUAAUUUUAGUUUGUCAGACAUUUUUGAGAAAUGAUAAUUGAUAAAAAUAUAUCAAAUCAUUGACAGUGAAAAUAAGGCAACUAGUUUUGACAUAUUCAUGUUCUUUAUAUUAAUGAGUAGACAUGUAAUUUUGGUAGUACUAAAUUUUACUUGAAACGGGUUAGUAUUAACAGUAUAUUUUACAUAUAUGUAAUAUGCAUGACAGAACACUAGUUACAAAUAAUAAAAAUAUAUUUUGUACAA